GCGGCUCUGGGGGCGGCAGCGGCAGCGGUAGCUGGUACCUCCCGCUGCUUCUGUCCAGGGGGUCUCAGGGCAGCGAGACUCCUUCCGGCCGCCCCCUGGCCAGUUAACAAAACCUCGGGCGCUGCUGGUAGGUGAGGAGGGGGCUAGAUCGUGGGCUCCCCUGCCCGAAACGCUUUCACUCCUUGGCUGUUGGUGGGGCUGCCCUAGUGCCAGGGAAGUGAACUCCUAGGAGCCAAGACGUUGGUGACAGCAAGGACGCUGCAAACUUACGCGGAGGCAGCAGGAGCCUCCUCUCCGCAACGCAGACCUUGCGUUCACGCCCAGAAGUUCAGCGUGCAGGGUGAUCCAAAGACUUCCUGCAGCGGAGGUCACUUGAGGGGGCGCUAGAAAGCAGCCCCCUCCGAUGGUCCUUCCCUAGACCUUCCUAGGGAAGGAGCGCGGAGGAGGUGACAGGAGCGGAGGACGUGGGCAAGACAGUGACCAGCCCGGAGCCAGGGUUCUCAGCCUGGAAAGUUGUGGAAGAUUGGAGGCUGCGAGGAGAGCUCCGGUCGCCGAGGGCUCCUAGAACGGUAACUAAUUGCCUCCUCCCUUCAAUGGUAGUAGUUUCUCUGGUCCCUGAGCGAAGGCCACGACAAACAGGGGCGCAGCACUCCGAGCAGCUGCGAGAGGCUCAAGGUCCAGCUGUUGAGCCCAGGGUGUCUCACGGUCUCUGGACUCGCCCCUGACUUCCAGAUCGGUUUUGCUGAGAACCCUUCUUGCCUGCUUGCAGCUUGGGAAAAGCAGAAGAAUCGAGCUUACUCACAAUCCCUGAGAUCAAGAGGAAGGAACCUUUCAGGACUAAGGACUGUUUGGAGCCCCUUCCUGUCUUGGAGAGAGUGAAGGGAGAGCGAGGCUGGACCAGCGAGGAAAGGGAGUCUAAUAUAAACUCUAGCCCUCCAGCGGGAUGGGAGCCCUUGGGCUCCUGUGGCUGUUGCUGCUGCUGCUUUCGGCAGCAGCCUCGGACUCCGGAGCUGCAACAGACCAGCAGGCGGGUUCCCCGGCCGCCGGGCCGCCUCUGCAGCCCCGGGAGCCACUCAGCUACUCGCGUCUGCAGAGGAAGAGUCUAGCCGUGGACUUCGUGGUGCCCUCUCUCUUCCGUGUCUAUGCCCGAGACCUCCUGCUGCCGCAGCCGCCGUCCCCCUCGGAACACGAGACUGAUGGACUGGAGGCGCGGGGAUCACUGGCUCUGGACUGUGCCCCUCUACUCAGGCUGUUGGGGCCAAGGUCUGGGUUCUCUUGGGCAGAAGGAAUCGGUUCGCCUAGUCCCGAGGUAGGUUCGACGCUGUCCAGGGUGCUGAAGGGAGGCUCUGUGCGCAAGCUCAGGCGAGCCAAACAGCUGGUGCUGGAGCUGGGCGAAGAGGCGAUCCUUGAAGGCUGCAUCGGACCGCCAGAGGAGGCCACGGCUGUGGGGAUACUCCAGUUCAAUCUCAGCGAACUGUUCAGCUGGUGGAUUCGCUACGGCGAAGGGCGGCUGAGGAUCCGCCUGAUGCCCGAAAAGAAGGCAUCGGAAGUGGGCAGGGAGGGAAGGCUAUCCACCGCGAUCCGAGCCUCCCAGCCCCGCCUUCUCUUCCAGAUCUUCGGGACCGGUCACAGCUCCGUGGAGUCACCCCCAGGAAUGCCUUCUCCUCCAGAUAACUUUGUGUGGAAUCUGACCUGGACAAUGAAAGACUCCUUUCCUUUUCUGUCCCACCGCAGUCGAUACGGUCUGGAGUGCAGCUUUGACUUUCCCUGUGAGCUUGAGUACUCCCCUCCCCUCCACAACCACGGGAACCAGAGCUGGUCCUGGCGACGUGUGCCCUCUGAGGAGGCCUCGCAGAUGAACUUGUUGGAUGGGCCAGAGGCAGAACGAUCUAAGGAGACGCCCAGAGGCUCCUUCCUUCUACUGAACACCUCUGCAGACUCCAAGCACACCAUUCUGAGCCCCUGGAUGAGGAGCAGCAGUGAGCACUGCACGCUGGCUGUCUCAGUGCACAGACAUCUCCAACCUUCCGGGAGAUACGUUGCCCAGCUACUGCCCCACAAUGAAGCUGGAAGAGAGAUUCUCCUGGUGCCUACUCCAGGGAAGCAUGGGUAAGUCUUUCCCAAGGUUCCAAUCGAUUUUUUUGAGAAGGUUAUUUGGCAUUGGAAUGCACGUUUCCAGACUCUAACAUCUACUUAAGACUCACAAUUGUCCUUUAAUGGGUAGGUCCAGAUUGAACCAUUACUGCUAAUAUUCCCCAGGUAGUGCCUCGGGCCUUGAUCUGUGGGCCCCCAGACUGCCCUGGCUAGUGGUCCUUCCAAGGGCCAGAGGACCAGCUGUCAGACUGGGCACUUAAUGUGUGAAAGUUAAAGAUAUUCAUGUCCCGAGGUCCAGAUGGAGCCAAGGAGCAAACAGCUAAAGAGAAUGUUAAACAGCUGCCAUGAAAUCAAUUUAAUAUGCCAGAAAAAUGGGUUUUAUCAGCAGAAUGUGUGCAAGAGAGGAAAAAAGACAAAAUAGUGUAGCCACCCAAGCAGAUCCUAUGAGGUUAUGCAGCCUGAAAAUAGGAUUAGCCAAGGAUACACCCUAGUGUUAACCCAGCAGAGAUUAGAAAAGAGCUUUGUUCUAGAACUUUCCAAUGUGGCCCACCCUGAAGUCACCC